AGAUUCCCAGAGAUUCAGAUGGAACUCUCAGACACUGGAUAUUGUAUAAACACUGACAAUCAUCAAAAUAUGGAGUUUGUUAGUGAGUUGAACGAUAUAAUGAAAAGUGAGCCGUACAGUGGUUCCUGUGAAGAUUUGUACAAAGAUGAUGCUAGGAACUGCAAAAUAUGUGGAGACAACUUUAGUACUGAAUAUGUGAUUGGUGACCUACAAAAAGAAGUACAGGACACUUUACGCGUGGUGCAACUUGGAAUAGAAAAGGAGGCAGAAUAUGAACAAAGAUUACUACAGAGCAAAGAAGAAACCUCAGAAACGAUAUAUUUCACCAAUACUCAAUGUAAUCAAAUUAUGGAGACUGUCCCAGAAGUAGAAGAUUUGAAGGAAGAAAAAUUGUUCAGUUCUUCAUGCCAAGAUGAUCAAAGUUUAUCACAGAUCCGAUCCGAUAUAUCAGAAACGAGAGAUGACAUGAAUGCUAAGCUAGCUUCAACUAUGGAAAAUGUUCUAAAAUUUGAUGACUUAAUGGAAACGCAGAAGUACAGUUGUGCAUGUCAAGAUUUGCAUAAACUUCAAGUCAGAGCUUGGAAACAACAUAACGCAAGUUUUGGAAGCAAAGCUGUGAUUUGCGACGUUCUAAAACAGAUUCAAGACUCAUCAUGUGUGGCACUAGUAGGCACAGAAAAAGUAAAUGGUAUUUUACAUCACAUUGCACUAGAAUUUGUAAGGAAAAAUGAACACUUUGUGAUCAUACCAUGUCAAACUCCUGUUGAAAUAGUACAACACUAUGAACUUGAUACAUGUAGGCAUCACAUGUUUAUUUUGGAAGAUGCCUGUGGUUGCGAAUUUCCCUUACAACAGUCAGUUAAAGAUUUGAUAGACAAUGACACACUUUUCAGAUACAUGUUACAAGAGAGAAAAACGAAAAUCUUGAUAUCUUUUACUCCUGGUGUGUUCUGGAACAUGAAUUUUCAUAACAGUGAAUUAUUCUUUAGUAACCACAUUAAACUAUUGUCCACUGAAAUUUGAAAAUGCAUCAAGAAAAACAAUUGGACGACUUGUUUGUGUGAAAUGAGUAUGACAGUUAUUCGAUUGCGAUUGUACAUGUCGAUGACUUUAUAAUGAACGUAAAGUUUAGUUGGUAGCAAAUAAAGUUCAAAAUAAUUGUGAAAACAAUCAAGUUAUACCAGCGUACGAAAAUUGUCUAAUGAUUAUGUAUCAAAAUACUACGAUCAAUUGAUAAUAUCGAUGAUCCAAGAUGUUAAACUUCUGCUUUUACUUCUUUCGCACACACAAAAAUUUCUUGUUUCUUUUUAACUGUUAAAUGUUGAAAUAAUCGUGUUAAAAUGUAUGCAAGAUGUUGUUGCGGUAA